AUGCCUCUGCAGCCGCCUGUUCCUUCCCACCUCAUCGUCGUCUGCUGCCACGCCAUCUACCAAGGUGGUCAUGCUGGGCCACACUCCUCCGCCAGCGAGGACGAGUCCAACUGGCUCAUCGAGCCCUUCCAGGCUGGCGAAACAGGCACGUAUAUCAGCCAUGUCGAGGCCGGGGUGAGGGAGUUGGCGAAAGACAGGGAGCACGCCAUUCUGGUCUUUAGCGGUGCGGCCACCAAGCCUGACAAGACGCCGCUCACCGAGGCGGAAGGGUAUUUGAACGUCGCUGUUGAGCAUGACUUUUUUGGACUGGACACGUCGCCGCCUACCCUGAGACAGCGCAUCUUCGUCGACCGCUACGCCACAGACUCGUACCAAAACAUUCUCUGCUCGCUGAUUCAAUUCCCGCUCUUCGUCCAACAACUGCAGUCCCGGGAAAGCCCCCAAGCCACAAUACCGUCAUCGUCGCAGCGUGCUCCGAGCAUUACUGCUGCCCAGGAUGCAGACGAGAACGCGAAGCAGGACCAUCAGCCCAUCGAAGGACCCUUCCACUUCCCAACCAAGCUCACCAUAGUCUCCCACGCAUUCAAACGCGCCCGGUUCCUCCACCUGCACCUCCCCGCCCUGCGCUUCCCUCCCGAAUCGACCGUCUACGUCGGCAUCAACCCGCCCUUCACGCCUGCCAAACUCGCAGAGAUCGAGGAGGGCGAUCGGCUGCGUGGCUACGGCGCCUGGGAGAAGGACCUGUACGGCGCUGGCGAGGGCUUGAGUAACAAGAGGGAGAAGCGGGGCUGGGGCGGUGGCGAGAAGUUCAGGACGGAGGUGUUGGCCAGGUUCGGCGACAGGUCAUGCAGAAGGGAGCUGGAGGGUCUGCUGGCCUGGUGUGGUGGAGUGGAUGGGAUGACUUUGUGGCAGGGCGGUGUGCCGUGGGAGUGA